GCCCAGAGCGGCGGCUGGAGGGAUUCAGCCAGCCUGGGGCGGGGGCUGACGGGACACGAGAUGUCUGCGACCCUAGAGCCCCCACGAAUCCAGCCCCUACGCCAAUAGCCCAUUCCUGGCCCUUUUAGUUCCGUGCUUCCCCUUAAAAUGUGGGGCCUGGGCACACGAACGACAGACCUUACAGCCAAUGGUGUCCCGCACCAUAAAUCUGGUAUCCAAUCAAAAGGCGAGGCUGCGAGGGCCCGGCGUGGGAACCACGCCCGACUUCAGCCUUCCUGCAUCUCAGCGGAUCUGCCGGGAGACAGCUCCUUGUGGGUGGAGAUCUCUGAUGCAGUCAGCGAACGGGACAAGGUGAAAUUCACUGUUCAAACCAAGAGCUGCCUCCCUCACUUCGCCCAGACCGAGUUCUCAGUCGUGCGGCAGCACGAGGAGUUCAUCUGGCUGCACGAUGCCUUCGUGGAGAAUGAGGAGUACGCCGGCCUCAUUAUACCUCCAGCCCCUCCAAGGCCAGACUUUGAGGCUUCAAGGGAAAAACUGCAGAAGUUGGGUGAGGGGGACAGCUGUGUCACACGGGAGGAGUUUGCCAAAAUGAAGCAGGAGCUGGAAGCGGAGUACCUGGCUAUCUUUAAGAAGACAGUUGCAAUGCAUGAAGUCUUUCUGCAGCGCCUGGCAGCCCACCCCACCCUGCGACAAGACCACAAUUUCUCUGUCUUUUUGGAAUAUGGCCAGGAUCUGAGAGUCCGAGGAAAGAACAGGAAGGAGCUUCUUGGGGGGUUUCUGAGGAAUAUCGUGAAGUCUGCAGAUGAAGCCCUCAUCACUGGCAUGUCUGGGCUCAAGGAGGUGGAUGACUUCUUUGAGCAUGAGAGGACCUUCCUGCUGGAGUACCACAUCCGCAUCCAGGAUGCCUGCCUGCAGGCAGACCGAGUCAUACACUUUCACAAGACAGGCCUGGCAGAGGGUUUUAACCCUAUCUCGGCUGCACUGAACAGUCUAGGAACACAGGAAGUCAACCAGCUAAAGACGAGCUUCCUCAAAUUGGCAGAGCUCUUUGAACGGUUAAGGAAACUAGAGAGCCGAGUGGUUUCUGAUGAGGACCUGAAGCUGUCGGAUUUGCUGAGAUACUACAUGCGAGACUCACAGGCAGCCAAGGACUUGCUGUACCGGCGGCUGCGGGCACUGGCUGACUACGAGAAUGCCAACAAGGCCCUGGACAAGGCACGUACCAGGAACCGGGAGGUGCGGACCGCGGAGAGCCACCAGCAACUGUGCUGCCAACGCUUUGAACGUCUCUCUGACUCAGCCAAGCAGGGUAAGCCCCACAGCCCUGGAGCCCCUGCCUGUAGGCUGCCUACCCUGCCAGGGUCCCUCUUCCUCUCCUCUCCAGAGCUCAUGGACUUCAAGUCCCGCCGCAUUUCCUCCUUCCGCAAGAACCUCAUCGAGCUGGCAGAGCUGGAGCUCAAACACGCUAAGGCCAGCACCCUGCUUCUCCGGAACACCCUUGUCAUCCUCAAGGGGGAGCCUUAGAGCCUGCUCUGGGAUCUUUAGGGACAAAAGUCCCCCAGACUCCCCACCCCAGGAGCCACUAGUCAUGCCCCAUGACCUCUCAGGGGAAGCCCCACCCCACCCCAAGGUGCCAGGCCCUGUAAGAGAACAGGGCCACUUGGGCACUGUGUUUGGCCACAGGUAAGCAGAGCCACAAACCUCCCUCCCUAGGGGCUGAGGGACAGCCUCCACCCACCUCUGGCCCAUUUGUUUCCAGCCUGUUCACAAAUAAAAAGCCUGGAUUUGUAGCAAGGAGGCCUGCUUGUCCUCACUUCCUGUGGCUCCAGGGCCACCAGGUACAUCCUCUACCAGGGCACCAUGGUAGAAACCCCAUCUUGGGGGUGCACUACAGCUCUGUCUUCAGCCAUUUUCCAGUGUCAGAGACUCUCUACAGGAAGGUAGAAGACCUAGCACUUGGAACCUGGGAGCAGUCUUCAAGGUGUGCAACCACCCCCAUAAACCCUGGCACAGACCACACAUAAACCUCAACGCCCAUUUUCUGAUGGAACUACCCCCAUCCUGCCUCCCUCCCAGAGAUACUGGCAAGCUCCCAAGAACUAAGGAACCAGCUCUAACUCCAGGCUUUCUUAGUUGACUGGGAGGAGAGGUAUAAACCCUGUAUUA